AUGGCGGCGCUGCAGCUGCCGCGAGGGCUCUGCGGGCGGCUGGACGCCCAGCCGCCCCCUCGAUGCGCCGCGCAGUCGCAGGCUCGAACGCCGCAGCGGCGGCGCCACCAACCCGCGCUCGGUGAUGGCGCCUGCUCCUGCUCGCAGCCAUCCGCAGGACUUUGCCCAGAGCGACCUCUAUGCACCGAGCGCGGCAGGUCCAGACGACGUGGCGCGGGCGAAUGUGUGCGCGCGAUGGCUGACCAAGCCGCCAAGACAGACUCAGGGGUUCCAGCGGGCUGCGUUAGCAUUGUGCUAUUGGCUGGUGGUGUGGGCAAGCGAAUGGGGGCCAAGGUCCCAAAGCAGUACAUCGACUUGAGGGGCCAACCGAUCGCAACAUACAGCAUGCAGACUUUUGCCAAGAUGAAAGAGGUCGGGGAAAUCGUUGUCGUCUGUGAUCCAUCUUGGAGGUAUGUGUUUGAGGAGUGUGCAGAGAGGUCUGGCAUGAAUGUGCCCAUGAGAUUCGCAUCUCCUGGACCUGAGCGCCAGGACAGCGUUUACAAUGGCCUGCAGGAAGUCAGCCCCUCUGUGGCGCUUGUUGCCAUCCAUGACUCUGCUCGCCCGCUGGUGCGGGCCGAAGACGUUCUCAAGUGCGUGCUGGACGCCUGGGAUGUGGGAGCCGCCGUGCUGGGCGUGCGGGUGAAGCCCACCAUCAAGGAGGUCGACGACCAGGGCCACGUCGUGCAGACUCUGGUCCGGUCACGACUCUGGGAGGUGCAAACACCACAGGUCAUCAGGCCCGACCUGCUGAAGCAGGGAUUCGAGCUGGUGAGGCGAGAGGGCCUGGAGGUGACCGACGACGUCUCCAUCGUAGAGGCCAUGGGCGGCAGGGUCGUCGUGACGGAGGGCUCCUACACGAACCUCAAGAUCACGACGCCCGAAGACAUGGCCGUGGCGGAAGGCCUGUUGGACGACAUGGCGCCCAAGGCAGCGGCUGCCGCCGCCUCGUGA